AUGUUUCCCACAGGGAGGUCGAGUCAAUGGGCACAGUAUGAUUCAUGGGUGGACUUGAUAUACCCCAGCAGGAAUGCAAGACGACCUGAUCUGGGAACCAUGUCUGAUCCAGAUUGCCUUGCAGCCUCCAUUGCCAGCACCCAGAUUACAGAGGGAAACCCACAGGCAUCAUGGCACUGGAUUGAUGCAAGGCUUGGUGACCUUACAUGGGUCAUCAAACGUUCUCGACUUCCACUUGACUGGAUCCAGCAAGACAUCUUGAAGGACCCGAUGUCUCAGGAGCUCACGAAUUGGGUCACCGAGAGCUAUGAUAUGUCGGAUGCAAGAUUCCAGAUCAGCCUCAUUGCUGCGUUCAUCCUCACUGCAUGGGCUCCCUUCCAUCGGGUCAAAGACAAUGAAGAGAAGAUUCCAGCGGAACGGGCAAAGGGUGCAAACAUGGUUGAAUAUGCCAACAGCCUUGUAUGGGAUCGUGAAUAUGGGAAGACUCAAUCAGGGUGGAAAGCAAAGCCACCACUCUUCCACCUCUGGUUGAUAUACAUUUGCGGUAUUUUGGUGGAGGACAGUCCUUGGUGGCGGAGACACGAACAGAAGGCCCGAACUCAGUCCAUCAAACUGGCCUCCCGUACUGCUGAGCAAGGAAAAAAUGCAGAGGUGAUGACCAUGUUCAACACCAAGCUCCAGAGGAAAGGGGUCACCAUUGCUGUCCUUGCCCGACUCCACCUGGUAGAGGCCUGCAAACCUAAUGCAUUCAAGCCUGGAAGUCGCUAUCAGAUGGACUGGAGGCGCCAUCCGAAGGAGGUAUUGGAGUCUAGGCUUGCGACCAUUUCCAAGCACCUAGCCCAACCUCCACACAUGUGCCCUGUGUUCUGUGCAGUGCGAUAUUUCUUGGGUGAUGAGUGCCGUUCCCUUCACAUUGUGGAGUCUUUCCGAGUACCACCCAUGAAGGAGCGAGUGCCCUCCACUUCUUUGGCACACAAAGCUUCAGAGGCAUCCCUCCAUGCUGAUUCUGAGUCAUCAGAAGAUGAAGCAGAGAAUCCUGGGCUGAGUGCGCAUCCUAGGAAACGUUGCCGGGUUCUGUAA